AUGGUUUAUGAUAUUGGAACAGAAUGUGUUAUUAUGUAUUGUGUUUUGUUUUUAAAUAAAGUCGUUUAUAAUUAUAAGCCGUCGCACAAAGAAAACUUGUUGAACAGAAACUCGAUGAACAGAUUGCUAUUACUGUCAUUCAAGACACCAUCCACACUUGGUACCAAUUCAGAAAUUGGACCAAUUCUCAAGAGAAGAAGAGUUGAUGAGGAACUCGCAACUAAGGACAAAGAAUUUGAAGCUUUGAAGAAGAAGCUUGCUGAAGAAAUUACAAAGAGAGAAGCCGCUGAGAAGGUACUUUCUGAAAUGAAAAUCAAGAACGUCGACUUGGAAGCUUUAGUCUAA